UCUUUAUAAAAUUCAUCUCUACGAUUUCAAAAAUCGUAACUAUUUAAAAAUCGUUCAUGUGCAUCUCAAAAAUCGUUCCUAUCAUUUCACAAGUCGCUCCUUUUUAAACUUGCAAUUUAAAACUUUUCAUUGGAAGCAAAAAAAAUUUCAAAAAUGGCGGAGAAUCGGUUCGGUGGAUACAAUGCGCAUUUUUUACAUGAACUUUCAGACGAACACGAAUGUCCUGUGUGUAAAAUGGCUCUUCGUGAACCUAUUUUAACAGCUUGUGGUCAUCGAUUCUGUUUAUCAUGCUCAGAAGAAAUAAGAAAAAUAAACAAAGGAGUUUUAUUUUGCCCAUUAGACAAAACUAAGUUGAAGUCUGAGCAGACUUUUCGUGAUAAAGCUGUUGAAAGAGCUAUACUGCAAUUAAAAGUUAAAUGCAACAACUUCUUAAAAGAUUGUCAAUGGACCGGAGAACUAAGAGCAAUUAAUAAUCAUCUAUCAUCUUGUGAAUAUCAAGAAGUAAAAUGCCUCAAUAAACGCUGUUUUGCUUCACUUUUGAGUAAAGAACUAUGUGAUCACAUGGAAACAAAAUGCAUUUAUCGUUUGGUUACUUGUCAACAUUGCAAUCAAAAGAUUCCUUUUUGUGAGAAGCAAGCUCACGAGGAAUAUUGCAAAUGUCUACCACUCUAUUGUGUAAACCAAUGUGGCAUGAAAAUAUUGCGUGAAGAGAUGUUAUCCCAUAUUCAUGGUAGUUGUGCUAAUACAAUUGUUCCUUGUCAAUAUUUUCACAUUGGAUGCAAUUUCAAGGGAAUGAGAAAAGAUCAAGAUACUCAUGCCAAUUCUUCUACACAAAACCAUCUCUCAAUGGCAAUAUCAAAAGUGGCUGAACUUGAAAUUAAUAUUAUGUUACUUAAGGAAGAAUUGGAAUCAAAAAUGCCCUUUUUCGAAUAUGACAUGCAGGGAAUGAGAAAAGAACAAGACACUCAUGCGAGUUCUUCUACACAAGAUGAUCUACCGAUAGCAAUAACAAAAGUGGCUGAUCUUGAAACUAAAAUUAUGUUAAUUGAACAAGAAACCGAAAGAAAAAUAGCCUUUUUAAAAUAUGAAAUGAUGGAAAAAAUUAACCUAGUGGGUCAGAAGACAGAGCAAGUAUAUGGCAUGGUAUUACCCAGUUAUGAUGAGGUACGUACGAUGAUCCAAGCUAUAGAAUUUUUACUUCAUAAUUUUGAAAAAGAUAAGGAUAACAAUAAACGACUAAAAACGAGAGAUCAGUUGUUGCAACGCUUGAGAGAGUUUUUAGAAAAAUACAACUUAACUAAAUCAAAAGAUAGCGAAUGUAAUAUAUUGUAACUUGUCCAUUAUAUAAGUUAAACUGUUUUACUUAUAAAUAUGAACAAAAUUUUCUUAAAAUAUAUAAAGAAAAAAGUU